AGUGACGCUUUACGGGCCCAGUUGGACUUCGGCCCAUGACCCAAUGAGUAGCCUCGUCCGCUUCCUCUUCUCCCUCGCCGCCGCCAUCGCCGCAGCCUCCCUCCUCGCCGCCUCCCUCCGCCGCCGCGCGCCGCCCUCCGGCCUCGCCGACCAGCUCGACCCCGCGCCCAUGGCCGCGGCCCGCAACCGGAGCUUCGUGCUGUGGCUGCACGGGCUCGGCGACUCCGGCCCGGCGAACGAGCCCAUCCGCACCUUCUUCUCUGCGCCGGAGUUCCGCCUCACCAAGUGGGCGUUCCCCUCCGCGCCGAACUCCCCCGUCACCUGCAACCGUGGUGCUGUGAUGCCGUCAUGGUUCGAUAUCCACGAGCUACCUAUGAGCGCUGGUUCUCCCCAAGAUGAUAGUGGGGUUCUUAAAGCUGUAGAAAAUGUUCACGCCAUGAUUGAUAAGGAGGUAGCUGAUGGUGUCCAUCCAGAGAACAUAUUUGUUUGUGGAUUCAGUCAAGGAGGUGCUCUCACAUUAGCAAGUGUUUUGCUUUAUCCCAAGACGCUAGGUGGUGGCGCAGUGUUCAGUGGGUGGGUGCCUUUUGGUUCGUCUGUCACUGAGAGGAUUUCACCGGAAGCGAGGAAGACUCCAAUUCUGUGGUCACAUGGACUAGCUGACAAUGUAGUAUUGUUUGAAGCUGGUCAGGCUGGUCCACCAUUUUUGCAAAAUGCUGGUUUUACCUGUGAAUUUAAGGCAUAUCCAGGUCUUGGCCACUCAAUUUCCAAGGAAGAGCUCCAUUCUCUUGAGUCUUGGAUCAAGAAUCGUCUAAAGGUGUCCCAGGAUAAGGAAAAUUAACAUUACAUUGGUUUGGGCUGCCAUCACUCUCUGGUAUAUACAAUUUGGGGAGAAAUAUUAUAGACUUGUUUGACCUUUACGCCCAUGCAUUCGUCCAACUCUAUAUUUGAGACUAAUCAAUGUGUCAACGGACAUAUGACCCAAAGUUCAUAGCUGCACUGCUUUAGUCGCCUGAGUUUGUAUGUUGUUGUGCAUGGCCAGCUGCACCAUGACAGCGUCUAAGUACUGAAUAAUUACACUGUGUUCCAGUCUA